UUGGCGUGUGGAUUGAGAGUAGCAUUACGCUUAAGAAAAGGAAAAUACCCAAGAAACAAACCGGGUCAGCCCGUCAUUGUUCUCCUUCGUAGAAUUUUCACAUAAAACCAUUUAAAACCAAAUUCAGUGAAUCUUCUUUGUUGAAGCAAAUUUGCAGAUGAAUCGUUGAUCUUCUUCAACAGAACUAAAGCAAGUUCGCCUUUGUUUGUUGUAUAACCCAACAUGUUUUCGCGGAUAUUCGGGAAACCCAAGCAGGAAACUAAUGCUCUUAUGACUCUUGACAAAUUAAACGAGACACUGGAGAUGCUUGAGAAAAAGGAAAAGGUGCUUCAGAAGAAGGCCUCUACAGAGGUUGAGAAGGCCAAAGAUUUUACAAGAGCAAAGAACAAAAGAGCUGCAAUACAGUGUUUGAAGAGGAAGAGGCUCUACGAACAACAAAUUGAGCAGCUUGGCAAUUUCCAGCUACGCAUCCAUGAUCAGAUGAUAAUGUUAGAAGGCGCAAAAGCUACAACUGAAACUGUUGAUGCUUUGCGGACUGGAGCUUCUGCAAUGAAAGCAAUGCAGAAAGCAACAAAUAUUGAUGAUGUAGACAAGACAAUGGAUGAAAUAAAUGAACAGACAGAGAAUAUGAAACAAAUACAGGAGGCUUUGGCUACUCCAAUUGGUGCAGCAGCUGAUUUUGAUGAGGAUGAAUUGGAGGCAGAACUUGAAGAAUUGGAAGGUGCUGAAUUAGAAGAGCAACUGCUUCAACCAGCAACUACAGCUCCUGCUGCUCCAGUCCAUGUUCCUGCAGGGAAGCAACCUGCUCGGCCCAUUCCUCAGAAGCGUACAGCUGAAGAAGAUGAACUUGCUGCAUUGCAAGCAGAGAUGGCUCUUUGAGCUAGUCCGUCUUUUAUUUUAACUGGUGUUAUCACGGGUAGCUUACAUAUAGAGACUGGUUGUACGCAUGUAAAAACUACUGCAAAUGCUUUCACAUUUUUCGAUAUCUACGUGGGUUAAUAUAUAGAGCUGUGUACAUAUUGGUGUUGCAGAAAAUGGUGAUUUCUAUGGACACCAGAAUUUGUGGUUCAUGUUCAUUAGUGAAUUUUAUAUUAACUACUACUACUUUUUUUCUUUUCUUUUUUUUUAAAUUCACAAUUUCCAUAGUUAUCUUGUACCAUGUCGGAAGGAUAAUGAUAUAGAAUGUAUCGUCUGUUUCUGCAAAUUGGUGAUUGAAUAAUGUGUACCUUGGUAUUUUUGUAA